ACGCCAUUACUAACGGUAUACUUUCUGGUGGUCGUGCGCCGACAAGUUCGAGGCCUGCGGAAAUCGAAGUCGGCGACGGAAUUGUGGUUUCGUUUUUAGUUAACUCAAAGGUUGUUACAGGCAAACCUUUUACGAUAAACGCGUUCUUUGUCAACCGAUCGAAACAUAUAAGAAGAUUUACCGUGGUAGUGCCAAAUAAAAAACGACCGAAUGAAAAAGCAAUUAAGAAUAUAUCAAUUCCUCCAUCCGUGAAAUUACAAACUUCGACAGAACUCUUGAUGAAUGGUAGUCAUUCGAAUCAAUCAGAGCCAUUUAUGGAGGAAGCAGAUUUCUUAAGGAAGUUUUUAGAGCACGAAACGCCAGAUUCGGAUAUUGUUUGUUUAGAAAAUAAUGUUAGAAUUGGGCCGCUAAAUCCUUCGACGUGUGAAUCUAUCUCGCUGCAUUUUAUUGCCAUCAAGGAUUCGAUGCAUGUUAUCGAUCUUGUUCAACUAGUAGACAAUGAUACAGGAUUCAUCACAAACCUUAGGAAUGUCUUGGAGAUUUAUGUAUCCAAGUGUCCCGAUAUCAACAAAGAAAAUGGAAUCGUAACUACAACUAAUGAAAGUAUGGAAAUAGAAGUCCACGGAUAA